AAAGAUAGUUUUCUUUCAUUUGUACCCCUAAAGUCAUCCAUCGUCUCUGACCACUAACUGGCCACCCGAUUAGACUACAAUCACCACUGUCGUCUAAUCGGGUUUGCACAGGCACUCCGGAUGUUUCCUACGUGUUGUUGUGGGCCGGGCUUCUAUACAUUUGGAUGCUGAUCGUUGUGUGGGACACACGACACUGGCGUCAAUUUAAAACUGGCCUGCGUUCAGUACGAAGAAACCUACUGCAACAUUCAAUUAAACGGAAACGGUGCUGUUCAGAACGAACAUUUCAAAAACGGGGAAUGGCUGAAUUGUGGGUUGGGGGACACUGUCAGCAUGGCCGCUGCCCUUAAAAUACGUCACGCUUUGCUUCAAGCCACACCUCGCCAACCGGAACAAACGUACCUCCAAGUCUGUUCAAGAACUUUGAACCUUUUGGGGAAACUUGUCGUUCAGUACAAACCGUUACGCAACGUAGCAAACGGUUAAAUCCAACUGAACGCACCUCUUGAGAUCAAACUUUACAAUGGAGAUGUGAUCGCUAGCUACAAUGCCUGUCCUCGCUUCAUUGUUGCAUUCAAAUGUAACUACAAGUUGUGUUCCAUAUUUACUUUUCCUAACAGAUGCAUUGGACAACAUGCGGGAGCUGUCAUUAUUCUUUAGACUUGUAAAAUUCGAUAGCUCAUGAUAGCGGAUCGCUUUCGCAAAAAGAUGGUACAACAAAUGCAUGAAGCAAGACAAGCUAACUGAAAAACUUUAGAGAGCGGCGGGACAGGGGGGUAUUUAGCUAUGGAUAGCCCAAUGUUUUCGAAGUACUCAUGGCUUGAUUUUCUUUUCUCGGUAGUCGGUGUGUGUACUUACUUGUUUGACGUGGGAUCCGACAUUUGGGUCGCUACGGAGUUCUACUCGCGUGGGGAUUUCUUCUGGUUCGGAGUGUUGAUCGGCCUUAUGGUCCUGUCUUCGGUAGUGGUCCAGAUGUUUAGCUGGUUCUGGUUCAAAUACGACCGCGAAUUGGAGGGCUUCGAUGAGCAAACUGCUAAGAAUAUCCUCUUUGGAGGCUGCGUCAAACUUUCAUUCCUGCUACAUGUACUUCAGCUCGGAUUCUUUUGCAGACACAUCUCAGCCAUAUGGCAGGGCUUCAAUGUGUGGUGGCGACAGGAGCAGGGCUCGGGGUACGCCGUGUACCUGACCCACGACCUGAGCAUGCUACGCCUCAUCGAGACCUUCUGUGAGAGCGCCCCGCAGCUCACCCUCAUGACCCACAUCAUGCUGCACACCAACAAGGCCAGGACUGUUCAGUGUGUGAGUGUCGUGGCGUCAACUACUUCCAUAGCCUGGAUGGUGGUGGACUAUCAUCGUUCCCUGCGUUCCUUCCUCCCAGACAAGGCCAAGCAGGGCUGGGGCUCCGCCUUGGUCUACUUCCUGUGGAACCUGCUUCUCAUCGCGCCGCGUGUGGCAGCAGUCGCCCUCUUCGCCACAAUUCUGCCCUCCUACCUGGCUGCCCACUUCCUGCUUAUCUGGCCAGUGCUGGUGUUCUGGGUGUGGCGGCAGGAGACAGACUUCAUGGACAGCGCCGGCGGAGAAUGGCUCUACCGGGCCACCGUAGGUCUCAUCUGGUACUUCAGCUGGUUCAACGUGGCGGAGGGAGGGACCAGAAGGAGGAGCAUCAUCUAUCACUCCUUCAUGGCUACGGACGGAGGGAUUCUGCUAGUCACAUGGUGGUUCUACAGAGACCAGGUCCUGACACAGUCCUACGCCCCCAUCCUGCUGGCCACUCUGCCCCUCACCUACCUGAUGGGAGUCCUGUUUAAAACACUCUACUAUUACUGUUUCCACCCCACGCUGUGGAUGCCCCCUGUCAUGGAGGCAAGGUUAGAAGAUGAGCUGCCUGAUGGUCAGGAGAUGGUGUUCAGAUCCAUCGCCCCCCAAACUGGUACUCCUCGGUUCUGUAACAAGAGGAUGGCAAGCCAUGCCACUCAUUUCUACUCCAAGGAGGAAGCCAGGAAGCCCAGUAAGAUAAACGGGUGCGAGGCCAACACUGUUGUCUGACUGGAUGUGUUUGAACUAGACUCUUAUUUACAUGCAAUGAUGGAAUGUCUGGUGUCUUUUUCUAGACCAUCCUGUUUUUCAUGCUGUAUUUUUGUAUAAAUAAGGUGCUGCACAACUUAUUGUAAAUCAGACUUUAUGUUUAAAUUAGCAUAUUCUGUGAAACAGUGAUAAGGUCACUGAAGUUUCGUCCCAAAUGGCACCCUAGUCGCUAUAUAGUGCACUACUUGUGGCCAGGGCCCAUAGGGAUAUGGUCAAAAGUAGUGCACUAUGUAGAGACUAGGGUGCCAUUUGGGAUACAGUCUGAGCAGGUUCCAUUGAUCAAUAUUGAACAUUGGAGUUGUAGGAAAGAGCUAUUGGGUUAUUCCACGAAAUUAGUCCUUUUUGGGUUCUGUAACUUAGUGAGGGGAAAAAACGAAUGUUUCAUUUCACCUAAUUGUAACAUUCUGUCACAGAGCACAUGUUCAACUUAAUAAAAAACAUAUUUUCCCAUCUCAAGAGGCUAAAUUUAAAAAAAAAAUAAAGUAAGAAGGUUGAUGACUUCAUAUUAAAUCAGCGAUAAUUCUUCUUGUGACAGGGGGAAUGGAAGCUUGUGUGCAACAGGGAGAGGCAAUUGAAUGCAAGCUUCACAAAACAAUUGAAAAUGUAAACAUAUCUAGCCUGUCUAUCCAUGGGUAACAGGGUUGAUGUCUUAUCCUUGAACCGCUCAGUUUUCCACCACAAAACACCAGAAAAUGGGCAAAACAUGUAGAUUCAGCUCACCUGGUCGUACACUAGGAUUCUUUACUAUUAGAUGUUCAAUGUAAAAAUUUUUUUUAAAAUGUUUAUCAUAUCAUAUCAGAUCACGUAACAGUAUUGACCUUAAAAUGAGGGACAGGGUGAAUCACUCACUAAUUAACCCCCAUCUUCAGAAAUGACUUUUUCAAGCACCAAAAUAACUAAGGCUUUGCAAUGAUGGUGAAAUGGUGGCCUUAAGUGGGUUAAAAUCUUCCUAGACGUCACAGAGGGAAUGUCAAAAUGCUUUGGUACUUUCAUUUUUAUGUCUCUAUGUCCAGUAUGAAGGAACUUAGAUGUAGUGUCGCCAGCCAAUGCUAACUAGCGUUAGUGCAAUGAAUGGAAGUCUAUGGAUAUCUUAGUUAGCAUUUGCACUAGAGCUAGUUAGCAACUUCCUUUAAACUGCACACAGAGACAUAAAAAUGGUAUCCCACGAGUUCAUCUGACUCUGGGGAAGGAGAUAAAGGGCCUCGUUGCCAUAAUCUUGAAGUAUCCCUUUAAAGGACACUUCAUUUAAUAUAACAGGCUUGUAAAAUUCAAUAUCGGUGCACAAUUUCUACUUCAAAUCUCAAAAUAACUAAUUACGUGAUGCCAAAGGUAAUUAGAAGAAUAAGUAAUGGUACAUUUUUAUCCGUUUUUAUUAUUUUGUGAAAAGUUUGUAUUUUUAUUUGGGAGAUUUGUUACCCAUCUACAGCGUUCUGAAAGUUAUUUGACAUUUUGUUUGCUAUUUUUGUACAAUGAAUGUACGAUGAACUAUCACGUUCCUCGCUUUCCUAUUGUAACUGUUGUGUUAUUUUUUAUUCUCUGUAUCUAUGUCGACAGUGCAUCCACUAAUGUCUGUGACGGUCACUCGUCCACCAGCUUCAUUAGUCUUUUUUCUAUAUACAGCAUCAAAUCUAUGUAGGCCGCACUGUAUGUACACAUGGAUGGAACGUCAAUACAGUUUGAUUAGUCCCAAAUGGCACCCUAUUCCUGCUAUAGUGCACUACUUUUGACAUUAUGUUGUGGACAAUGUUCUGGAUGUUCCGGCUCCCGAGUGGCGCAGUGGUCUAAGGCACUGCAUCUCAGUGCUAGAGGCGUCACUACAUACCCUGGUUCGAUUCCAGGCUGUAUCACAACCGGCCGUGAUUGGGAAUCUCAUAGGGCGGCGAACAGUUGGCCAAGCGUCGUCCGGGUUAGGGUUUGGCCCGAUGUAGGCCGUCAUUGUAAAUAAGAAUUUGUUCUUAACUGACAUGCCUAGUUAAAUAAAAAAUGUACAGCCAUACCUGUGGCCUUGUCAAGUUAUGUUCCUAGAAUGUUAAGAUUUCUGUGUGAAACAUUAUUGGAUACUGCAGAAUGGAACCAAAUAUUCCAUAUUUUAACUGUCAUCUCAUUCAUUCUGCACAUGAUUGUUAUUACACAGUGUGUUGUGUGAACCUAUUCCCCUGAAGGUCAACAAUUCAACCUUUUACCUCUCUUACCUAAAGGGCAUCUAAUGCUGGACUAUUAAAAUCAUAAGACAAUCACAAACUUA